UAAGUAGAGAUGUGUAGAAUCCAUGGAAAUAUGGAAGUUAUAUGGUUGGAUUUGGACAUAUGAAUAAGUUAUGUGUAUGUAAGAUUGUUGGCAAGAAGACUUGAAUUUUUGUGUAGUAUUUUUGGUGUAGUAUUUGAAUAGUAGUAUGAUAAAUAUUUGAUGUUGAAAAUGGAAGUUGGAUGAAAUUAAUUGAAGUUGGAAAUAUGGGUUAGGUGAUGAAAUGGAAAAAAAAUAAGUUUGUAUAAUUUGUUAGUUGUUGUUAUGAUUUUUGGGAUAUAAAUAAAGUUUAUAUGGUGUAAGUUGGUAUUAAAAUGGUUUGUACGAAUUAUGUAAUUUUAGUAUGAUAUUAUAAGAAUAUGGAGGUAAGUUAUUAAAAGUAUGGAUUCUUGUUGUUGAUUAUGAAGUUGAAAGAAGGAAAUGAAUUUGAUUAUGAAGUUGAAAGAAGGAAAUGAAUUUGAUUAUGAAGUUGAAAGAAGAAAAUGAAUUGUAAUAGUUUUGUUGCAUUUAUGGAAUUUUUGGGUGAAAUAUGGAAUUGAUGAAUAUUGAAUAGUUUACUUGGAAUAUUUUUCACCUAUGUUGGAAUGAGUUGAAAUUAAUUAUGAACAUGAAAUAUUCAUAUUUAUUUGGAAAUGCAAAGUUUGGUUGAAAGUUGUUACACUAAUUGGAAAAUUACAUCAAUUUAUGUUAUGGUGUGUUUAAGUUGAUUAUUGAUGGAAUUGGUGUUGAUGUUGGCUUGGUUGUUGAUAUUGUGGCCGAGUUGUAAUCUCGGGGUUGUCAUAUAUAUAGGGGAGAUGCUGCCGAAAUUUUUGUAGACAAGUAUUGGAAAAAUUGAGUUCUUAAAGUCUUAUGAAUAGUAAUUGGUAAAUGUGACCAAUUGUAGAUUUUGGAGGAAACGGGAAUUGAAUUUGGACAACCGUAAAACGUCAAAAAGGUACCGAAGUUCGAUUUGCUGAUCCACCUGUUUAGGAUAUUUGCAGCUUCGUUGACAGUGCUCCCUUGUUCGGAGCUUGUAUUUUGUAAUGCCUCCGAGGAAAACGACGGCUAACCAAAAGGGAAAAUCAGUAGCACCCGGUGAGAUUGGUCGGGCGCACAGAGUUACCAGGGCCCGAUCGAUGCCUGAGAGGGAGACUGUGCCCCCGACAGCCAGCUCUGCUACACCGCCAGAAAUUAUGGCGGCCCCAGGUGAAAAUCAGAGGGCGGAUUCACCUGUUUUCGGAGCCCCAGCACCCGAGCCUCUAGCUCCAUAGCCAAGAGCUGAGGAAAGGGCUAUGCAGGAUGCGGUCCAGCUGUUGACUAGGUUAGUGGCAGGCCAGGAACACAGACGCGGUUUGGGCGGAGAUCAGGUACAGAGGCCUGAUAGUUCGAGGGCUCGUGAGUUUCUGACUUGUAACCCUCCAGAGUUCUUCGGGACAAAGCCCGAAGAGGACCCCCAGGAGUUCAUUAGGGAGAUGCAGCGCACUUUGCGUCUGAUUAAAGCUUCCACGACAGAGUCAGUUGAGUUGGCUUCGUAUAGACUGCAUGAGGUAGCUGCUAACUGGUAUGAGUCCUGGGAGUUGUCCAGGGGUAGACUAGCUUCUCCAGCUAUAUGGGAUGAGUUUACGGAGGCGUUUAUUAGUCAUUUCCUUCCUCCUGAGAUGCGGAGAGCCAGAGUGGACAGAUUUUUACAAUUGAAGCAGCGAGGACGCAGUAUUCGUGAGUAUAGUCUGGAGUUUGACUCAUUGGCCCGACACGCACAUGUAUUGGUAGCUGACAUGACUGACAGGAUGCACAGAUAUGUGAUGGGCCUAGAUCGGUACUUGGUGGAUAGUUGUUUGGUGAUGGCUGCUCAGCCAGGAAUGGACAUCGCCCGUAUUCAGGCAUAUGCUCAGGGCAUGGAGGAAAGACAUAGAGGACACCAGUCUGACCGAUACUUUAGCGGGAGUCAACCCAAGAAGGCCAGAUCAACCGGGUAUUCUGGAGAGCUCCGGGGCAGACCAUACCAGCAACAGAGUAGUGGACAGUCCACCCAACCAACAUGGAGUAUGCCUCCACAGUCCGUAGACCGGAGGUCAGGUGGCACAGGAUAUUCUGCAGUAGGUUCGAGUUUCAAGGUUUCCAGUUCGCAGCUAGACAGAGGAUCUGGUCAGACGAGGCCACCUAGGCCUCAGUGUUCUUAUUGUGGCAAAUACCAUCUAGGGGAGUGCUAUCGUGCUACAGGGGCUUGUUUUUCUUGUGGAAGUCAAAGCCAUAUGAUGAGAGAUUGUCCGUAUAAAGGUGGGUUAGCCAACACAGAACGGCCUACCGGAUCAGUUGCUGGGUCAUCAUCCUCUUCGGUAGCUAUGCGCCCCACGGGGCAGGGUAUAUCUACACCAGCAGGCCGCGGUAGAGGCCGUGGCGGAGUCUCUAGUUCUAGCGGUCCUUCGAAUCGCCUUUAUUCUUUGGCCACCCGGCAGGAUCAGGAGGCGUCUCCAGACGGGAUCACAGGUACCGAAGUUCGAUUUGCUGAUCCACCUGUUUAGGAUAUUUGCAGCUUCGUUGACAGUGCUCCCUUGUUCGGAGCUUGUAUUUUGGUACUGACUUUAUCUCUGUAUAUUUGGAUAUGUUGGUCAGGGGUACGACGGGGCCUUGUCCCGUCAUAUGACUAUGCUAUCAUCUGUAGAGGUCUGUAGACAGAGUUAUGUUGUGGGUUUUGUAUAUAUGGUUUGGAUUUUUGUGUGUUUUGUGACAACCUUUCAACUCUCGUGCGUAUAUCUACUUUUAUGAUAUAUUUAGCAAUUUCUACUAA